UCUUUGAUGGGACCUAGAUGAGCAGCUGGAAGUUGAUACAGGACGAGUUCUUUGGCGGAUCAAAGAACGUGUUCGUCAAGCACGGUAUCAAAAGGCCAAGCAGCAUUUGUUGGGGCAUGCUUUCGAGGACAUCUACUCAAGAGCCAUGCCAAAGAGUUAUCCACCAGGAACUGGAUCAUUUUGAUAGCAAUCGCAAGGACACAUUUCCUCAGAGAUUCUUUGUGAAUGAAAAGUACUGGGAGGAACCCGAUGGACCGGUCUUUCUUUUUAUUGGAGGAGAAGCUGCAAUCUCAGAAGUAGAUGUUUUGGCAGGUAUGACCCUAACGGCUCGUAUCCAUUAUCGCGGCAAAGCCCACCGCCAUUCGAACAGAGGCGGCGCGUCAAGAAGUUGGGCUCGGCCAGAGAAUGUCUAAUAAGGGGAGAACCGC